AUGCGUGGCAUUAAGCUAAUAGAAAGAUUCAAAAGCACUCAAGUUCAUGCCUUGAAUCCACCAGAUACCACUGUUGUUAACACCACUGGCUCUUCUUCCACAGCAGGUAAGCUUAAUAAUCAUAGAGUCAAAUUUAUAGGGUCAAAACUCAAAUCCAAUAAAGCCAGUUCUGUCUCAGCAGCUAAAACUCUGCUUCCUUUUGGACUCCCUCGAGCUGACCUUCUUGAACCACCCAUAGAACCUCACUUAAAACAAAUUCAAUUAGUAGAAACCUUAGCUGAUCUUUACCGCCGGUUCGAAACUUGUUUAGAAUCAGAGAAAUCAUUGAUAUGCAUUGAACAGUACUCAUUUUUGGGUAGCCUCGGUGAUCUUAAGUUACUGAGAAGGUGCCUCCGUGUUGCAAGGCAACAUGCCUUUGACGUGCACUCAAAGGUAGUUCUAUCAGCUUGGUUAAGGUAUGAGAGGAGAGAAGAUGAGCUUGAUGGCGUAUUUCCCAUGGAUUGUAGUGGGUUCAUUCUUGAAUGUCCCAAGGCUGCUCUGGUAUCUGGGUACGAUCCAAAUACAAUUUAUGACCACUGCAAGUGUUAUCAAGAGUGUACCAAGUCUGCUGAUGCGCAAAUCUCUAAGGGGAAUGAGUGUUUGACAUUGGAAGAAGAUAGUGAUAUUUCCUUUUAUGUUUGCAAUGAGGAGAUAAAUUGUAUUCGAUUUAAGAUUGCUGCACUUUCCAGCCCAUUUAAGACAAUGCUAUAUGGGAGUUUCAUAGAGUCAAAAAGUUAUAAAAUUGAUUUUUCUCAAAAUGGUAUCUCUGUAGAGGGAAUGAGAGCUGUGGAUUUGUACAGUAGGAAUAGGAGGGUGGAUUUGUUUUCUCCUGAGAUUGUUCUGGAGCUCUUAUCUUUUGCAAAUAGGUUCUGUUGUGAGGAAAUGAAGUCUGCUUGUGAUAUUCAUUUGGCUUCUUUAGUAAGCUGUAUAGAGGAUGCAUUGGUCCUUAUUGAAUAUGGGUUAGAGGAAAGGGCAAAUGUUCUAGUAGCUUCAUGUUUGCAGGUGCUGCUAAGAGAGCUCCCAAGUUCUCUUUAUAACCCCAAAGUGAUGAAAAUAUUUUGUAGCUUUGAGGCAAGGGAGAGAUUGGCAUCAGCUGGGCACGCUUCUUUCUUCUUGUAUUAUUUCCUAAGCCAGGUGGCUAUGGAAGAAAAUAUGGUGUCAAAUGCAACAGUGAUGUUGUUGGAAAGGUUGAGAGAAUGUGCCACAGAAAAGUGGCAGAAGGCUCUUGCUUUGCAUCAACUGGGUUGUGUGUUGCUCGAGAGAAAAGAGUAUAGAAGUGCUCAAUAUUGUUUUGAAGCAGCUACAGAGGCAGGUCAUGUUUAUUCAUUAGCUGGUAUGGCAAGAUCCAAGUACAAGCAAGGGCAACAGUAUUCAGCCUAUAAGUUGAUGAGCUCACUUAUCUCUGAGUAUAAAGCAGUUGGGUGGAUGUACCAAGAACGGUCUUUGUAUAAUGUUGGGAAGGAUAAGAUUGCUGAUUUGAACAUUGCAACUGAAUUGGAUCCCACCUUGUCAUUCCCAUAUAAAUAUAGAGCAGUCUCAAAGGCAGAGGAGAAGCAAACUAGGGCUGCUAUUUCAGAGAUUGACAGAAUCAUUGGAUUCAAGCUUGCACCAGACUGCCUAGAAUUGCGAGCUUGGUUCUUCAUAGUAAUUGAGGAUUAUGGAAGUGCUUUGAGAGAUAUUACAGCACUGUUAACUUUGGAGCCAAAUUACAGGAUGUUCAAUGAGCAAAUAAGCGGGGAUGAUUUGAUUGAGCUCCUAAACCAUAAGGUUCAGCAGGGAAGUCAGGCUGACUGCUGGAUGCAGCUUUAUGAGCGAUGGUCUUCUGUAGAUGAUAUUGGCUCUCUAGCUGUCAUUCACCAGAUGCUGGUUAAUGAUCCUGGAAAAAGCCUCCUGAGGUUUCGGCAAUCUCUGCUUCUUUUGAGGCUAAAUUGUCAGAAGGCUGCUAUGCGAUGUUUGCGAUUGGCUCAUAAUCUUUCUAGUUCUGAGCACGAAAAGUUAGUUUAUGAAGGAUGGAUUUUAUAUGACACUGGCAAUCGGGAAGAAGCUCUUGCUAGAGCUGAGAAGUCCAUAUUGAUUCAGAGGUCAUUUGAAGCCUUUUUCCUGAAAGCGUACACAUUGGCAGAUUCGAGUCUGGAUCCUGAAUCUUCUUCUUAUGUCAUUCAACUUCUGGAGGAAGCCCUUAGAUGCCCUUCUGAUGGUCUUCGGAAAGGACAAGCACUCAAUAAUUUAGGCACCAUCUAUGUGGAUUGUGGUAAACUGGAUCAAGCUGCAAACUGCUAUAUGAAUGCUCUUGAAAUCAAGCAUACAAGAGCUCAUCAAGGGUUAGCACGUGUAUAUUUAUUAAGAAAUCAGCGAAAAGCUGCAUACGAUGAGAUGUCCAAGCUAAUAGAGAAGGCACAUAAUAAGGCCUCAGCAUAUGAAAAGCGAUCUGAAUAUUGUGAUCGUGAGAUGGCAAAGAAUGAUCUCAACAUGGCAACAAAACUGGAUCCACUUAGAACAUACCCAUACAGAUACAGGGCAGCUGUGCUAAUGGAUGACCAAAAAGAAACUGAAGCAGUUGAAGAGCUUUCAAAGGCCAUAGCUUUCAAGCCUGACCUGCAAAUGCUUCAUCUUCGAGCAGCAUUUUACGAGUCAAUAGGUGAUCUCAACUCGGCUCUCUGUGAUUGUGAAGCAGCUCUCUGCUUGGACCCAAACCAUAUGGAUACUCUUGAUCUGUAUAACAGAGCACGGGACCGAGCCACCCAUCCACAAGAAAAUGUGAGAGGCAUGGGGAGUUAGUUGUCAGCAACAAGGAAAAGAAUCAUGGAGUCUUUUCACAUAGCUUUGUUUCCUUCCUGGAAAUGAUGGGCUUGUAAGCAUGUAGCUGCUGAAUGACAAUGGUUAUUAAGACCAUGAGAGUUGCGUGUAAAUAUGAGCAUUAUGGAACUAACGAUAUGGUGAAAUAGAACACGCAGCCUAUCCUCCAUCUUCCUGGAAAUCAUUAGUUUCAUGCGACAGAAUUGAUUCUUCAUGAUAGUGGCAAGAGAUGCAGGUUAAAGAGUUUACAAUGUUGUAACUCUAGUCAUUGCUUACAAAAAAAAAAAAAAUGGUAUACAGUUCACCAAAUAUCUUAUCAUUCGAGAAGGACUUCUUGUCAUUACUACUCUUAAAUCGUCUUGUACAUGAACAAGAUUUAAACAGGCUUAAAUCUCAUUUUAGCUUGUAAUUUUUGGUUC